AUGCACACGAGAGCACAGAAAAAGACACAAGGAUUCCUGGAAAAGCGAGCACAAGAAAGCACAGAAGACACAAGAGAUUUCUUGGAAAGCGCACAGAAAAGACACAAGGAGAUUCCUGGCAAAGCGAAAGACAAGAGAUCACAGAAAAGACACAAGGAGAUUCAUGGAUGUGAACGCCAAGAGGAGCACAGAAAAGAACACAAGGAGUUCCUGGAAGCGGAAAGCCACAGAGAGCACAGAAAAGACACAAAGAAGAUCCUGGAAGCGAAAGCAACGAGAGCACAGAAAAGACACAGAAGGAUCUGGACCGAAUCACAGAGAGGCACAGAAAAGACCAAGGAGAUUCUGAAGCGAAGCACAAGAAGACAGAAAAAGAAACAAGGAGAUUCUGGACGUGAAAGCACAAGAGAACACAGAAAAGACACAAGGGGAUUCCUGGAAAGCGACACACAAGAGAGCCAGAAAAAGACACAGGAGAUUCCUGGAAGCGAACGCACACGAGAGCACAUGAAAGCACAAGAGAGCACAGAAAAGACACAAGGAGAUUCCUGGAAGCAAAAGCACAAAAGAGCACAGAAAAGACACAAGGAGAUUCCUGGAAGCGAAAGCACAAUAGAGCACAGAAAAGACACAAGGAGAUUCCUGGAGGCGAACGCACAAGAGAGCACAGAAAAGACACAAGGAGAUUCCUGGAAGCGAAGCACAAGAGAGCACAGGAAAGACACAAGAAGAUUCCUGGAAGCGAAAGCACAAGAGAGCACAGAAAAGACACAAGAAGAUUCCUGGAACCGAACGCACACGAGAGCACAGAAAAGACAAAAGGAGAUUCCUGGAAGUGAAAGCACAAGAGAGCACAGAAAAGACACAAGGAGAUUCCUGGAAGCGAAAGCACAAGAGAGCACAGAAAAGACACAAGGAAAUUCCUGGAAGCGAACGCACAAGAGAGCACAGAAAAGACACAAGGAGAUUCCUGGAAGCGAAAGCACAAGAGAGCACAGAAAAGACACAAGGAGAUUCCUGGAUGUGAACGCACAAGAGAGCACAGAAAAGACACAAGGAGAUUCCUGGAAGCGAAAGCACGAGAGCACAGAAAAGACACAAGGAGAUUCCUGGAAGUGA